CAAAAGUGUGAAGUGACUAGUGUUUUGUUUCUACUGUUUCGCAGCUCAAGCACUUUUUGCUUGAUGAAUAUCAAUGAAUUUUGCACCAUGCGAGCGGAACAGGACUCUGAAAUUAUGAAACGAUAAUUACGUCGCAUGGUUGACCUGUAAAGCAAGCACAUGGGGAUGAGCAUGAGACAUGCAUAAACAGUUGUAGCGUCGACAACGACUGGGUAUCUGCGAAGCGCAGCGUUGGACUGAGGGAGUGAGGAGGCCCGACUUCGAAGGAUUAGGUACAGCGCAUUACGUGGUGCUAGUACCACGUCGAUGCGGCUCCUUUGGCAGGGGCAAACUUGCCAUGCGUUGCUGUCAGCAACUGCGCUCAAAGGCUGUUCAUCGCACAGGCUAUCCGUCUGCUGACUACCGUGCUGGAUUUGACCAGCCCUGUAGCUCUUGAUCGUGGUCGAGGAUGGGGGACUUCGACCAGAUUUUGGAUGAUGUUCUAGGCACAAAUAAGGAGGACGAGAAGGCAACGGCAAGCAUGCCCUUUUCCAAAGAACCGCAGGUCCCGCAGCGCGCACACGAAAUUUUUAAGCCGAAACAAGAGCAAAGUCUUCUGGAAGGUACGGGGAGAUAUGUUCUGCUGAACUCAAGAAGUCUACAUCUGAUACCCCGCACGAGGAGAUACCACUUCUAGCCAGUAGAUUGAGAAACAGAAAAGUGUCUCUAGGCGCGGUAGAUACUUACUAAUUGAACUGCAGGUACAAAAUCGUUACUUGAUGACGUUCUUGGUGAGGUAAUUGGUCUCGACACGAAUUUUGUCGGGUCAGCCGGAGCACCACCGAAGCCAGGGGCACCCACGAUGAUGUGUCGCAAGUGCGAUUUUGAUGUACUCCCUUAUAUGACUAUAAAAGCUAGUAUUAGAAGGAAAACUAUCGUCGCAACUCGCAGCUGUCCGACAGAGGAGUGUGGUUGUAAGAUUGCUUGACAAAUGAGUGUGGUGUACAGAGAAAUGUUGUCAUUUGAGUAUGUUGUAAAAUUCUCAGGUGAUGUCAUUCGACGACUCGUUUUGGUUAGGCACCUGCGACUAUCUUUUUUUCCGAAACCACUUCCCUCAAGUGCCUAAGCUAAGAGAAGGUCUAGGGAAAAAACCGGGUAAACGCGCGCUUGCAUGCCAGUGUCGUUGGGCGGUGAUUGAUAAAUCGCAGCAUGCAUGGGAAGCCGGUGUGUCAUGCUGGAUAAUAAAGCGAGGAACAUGAAAUUUCGUCUGCCUUCGUGAUACGCUCAUUAGGGUUGAUAAGAUGAAAUUUUCCCACAACGCUAGUUAAGAGAGAAACUGUACCUGAAAAAGAAGAAAUUUCAUUACAACGUGUGUUAUUCCUGGUUACGCAUAGAAUCUAUCUCCUUUCUCUCGACAGCAUUGUUAACAUGUAGACCUGAGUAGUCCCACUGGGAGAUGAGAACUCUAUAUAUCGUUGGAGACUUCUUUGUGAAUGUGCGCAACAUAUUCACGACUUUAAUUUAGAAUUUGGGACUCACGAAUGCAUGGGACCGUAUUGUUGUCAUGUUCGCUGUGUAGGGAAAGGAAAUUUUUGUUCAACUAAUUUUAGUGUGUGGGUCCAUCCCCUCGCUCUCUUGUCGUCCCGUCUCAGACUUCGCAGCAACAU